AUGGAGAGCUAUCAUGGACUUGAGUUCGGUUCAAGAGUAAUAUUAGGUGAUGGAAACUAUGGUUUUUGGAAAUCAAAGAUGAAGGCGGUUAUAGGAGGCAUUGAUGUAUAUGCUUGGAAAGCCAUAUUGGAAAAGUGGGAAGAACCAAAAAUCAAGGAUGAAUCAGGAGUGGAAGUUGCUAAGCCAGAGAAGGACUGGACUAACGACGAAUUGAAGAAAUCAAAAUAUAACGCCAGAGCACUCUCCGCUAUUCACAAUAAUGUUGGAAGAAACCAGUUUGAACUGAUUCAGGGAUGUGAAACAGCAAAAGAAGCAUGGGAUAUCUUGCAAACUCACUUUGAAGGAACCACUAAGGUGAAAAGUUUAAGAAAAGACAUGUUAGCUUCAAGAUUUGAAAAUCUAAAGAUGGAAAGCUAUGAGUCAAUAUCUGAUUUUAGUUCCAAGAUAAGUUCUUUAGCUCAGGAAGCAUUGACUCUUGGGAAAAAAUAUAAAGACAAGAAAUUGGUGAAAAAAUUUCUAAGAUGUCUGCCUACAAGGUUCAUGGCGUACAAGACUGCUUUGAGUGUGUCUCAUAACACGGAAAAUCUUAGUUUUGGAGAAGUUGUUGGUAUGCUUCAAGCUCAUGAGAUGGAACUGGAAGGUGCGAAUAAACGAGACAUUUUUGCUCUUGAAAGAGAGAAUCACGAAGUAGAAGAAGAAGAUUCGAUUGGUUUGCUGGCCCAAAAAUUUAGUCGAGUGUUGAAAGAAGCAGAACAAGAACUAGGUCAGAGGAGGUUCAGCUCGAUCAAAAAUAAUCCAGAGAAAGAUGAAGCUGUCAAGAAGACAUACAUGCAAUGUCAUGAGUGCAGAGGAUAUGGACACUAUAAGAAUAAUUGUCCUACAAUCAAAAGAAGAGAAAUUAAAUGUUUUAUGUGCAAAGGUAUUGGACAUACUCAGCUAGAAUGUGGUAAUGAUCGGAAACUUAGAAAAGAAAAAUCUAAACUGAGAGUUGAAGAUGAUUCAAAGGAAGAUAAUGAUAAUGGAAUAGAACUAAAUAAGCUUGGUGCAUUCUUGGGAGUCACUACAUUUGCUGAAGGAGAGGAAGUUUCAGAAUCUGAAUCUGAAGGGGAACAGGUAGAUGAAUUUACAGAAUGUUACAAGGAGGUGCGUGAAACACUGAUUAAGAUUGGAAAGGAAAAUCAGACCUUAUUAAAAGAGAAGCGUCGUCUUGGUGCACUUAUUAAGUCACUGCAGAUUGAAUUGAGGGAUACAAAGAAAAUCAGUCAAGAAAGUGUGACAUUAAUGAAGGACAAGCAGAUAGUCUCUAGUAGAAAAGGAAACAUGAUGAAGAAUUUCGNAGAAAAUCAGUCAAGAAAGUGUGACAUUAAUGAAGGACAAGCAGAUAGUUUCUACUAG